AGCUAUAAUUCGGUUCGAUUCAACCGAACCGAAUUAUAGCUUGGUUCGGUUCGGUUUGCCUGCCCAAAACCGAAAUGCUCACCUGCUGCCUUAUCUCAAACGAGCCCCACUUUAAUCCCUCACCUCAAUCUCUUUCUACUCUCUCCUCCAUCAAUUAAUCCAUCACCCCUGCAUGCUCUCCCAUAUCACCCUCUUCAAUCCAUCCAUCUCUCUCUGCUAAAACAACAGGCCAUCAAUCCACCCUUACCAAGCACUCCGCCGCCUAGAGCACUCCGCCGCACAGAUCGCAAUGAGCUCCCUCCACCACCGGGCUCGCCUUCUCCCCAGAUCUGGAGCACUAAGUUCGCCGCUCGCCCAUUUUGAUGAAGAGGAAGCGGUGGCAAAGAGAAGACAGAGCCAUGGGAGAGCAUGCAGGGGCUCCACCACCGCUAAUUCUGUCGUCUCUGUUGCCGAUCCCGUCGCGGCACCACCUCUCCUUGUCGAUUGCGCCGCCGCCGAGAUGCCACACCAGAGUUCGUUUUUCGCGAUGAAGAAGGAGCUGGGUAGUGGGUACACCGUUUGAGGUUUCGAGUGAUCGAGAGAGAGUGAGAGACGGUCAGUGGUGGUGAGUGGGUGAUUGUGGUGAGCGGCGGACGAGAGGGAGAGACAAAGCGAGAGAUAGAUGGAAUUAGGAUUAGGUUUUGUUAUUGUUGGGUCUUUCUUUCUUUGGAUUCUGGAGGAGGCGACCUUCAAUUUGAGUCUCGGUUGCUGGGCUUGGCCCUCAGGUGGGCUUCUUUAAUUUGUUGGGCCUGGCAGGAUGUGGUAGUUGGGUAUGCAAUUUCGGUUUAUCGGUUUGGAACUCGGAAUUUCGGGUUCGGUUGGCAUACUCUGUAUUCCGAAUUAAGAGUAUUUCCUUUCCGAUUUCCGAUCCGAAUAGUGAGAAUUUUGGUUUCGGUCAGUUUUGCUUCGGUUCGGUUCGGAGAGUUAAAACCGAACCGGAUGCCCACCCCUACUUAGUUAGGUCUGUAACACCCCGACUUUGGGUUCAAGUUCGACCAAAAUACGAGAACGGUUGGGUUAACGGUUACGUACGAAGGGUUGCAACCGCGAAUUAUGUAUAACAACAACAACAACAGCUACUAUUACUACUACUAUUAAUAAUAUAAAAACCCUUUUUCCCUUACCCUGACACCGCCGCUACCCUACCUUUCACCACCGCCAUUAUUUUGUUGGCCCAUAGAGAAGCAACAGCGUGGUAGGUUGUGGAAGGGCAUCGCAGCGGAAGGACACCACCGCUUUCCUACCUUUUAGCACCGCCAUUAUUUUGUUGGAGAGAAGCAGCAGCGCGGUACGGAUGAACACCCCACUCGUCUCUACUACGAGACCUGCGUGCUUAAGCAGGCAACUUGAGCAGAUGGGCACCUCCUUCGCAGGACCUGAUGGACGACCUCCCUACUAGCAGCUCUCGUCCAUUGCUGGAUUUUCCUAGAGCUGCUAGCUUUGUGUCUUCCAAGGGGAAGCGAUGGGCAACCCACCCUACUCCGAGAGCUGCUAGCUUAAGCAAGCUCGUCCAUUGUUAAGCAAGCUGGUCCGUUGUGAUUUCCAUCCCAACCGAAGCAAGCUGGUCCGUUGUGAUUACCAUCAAACAAGUAGGAGUGUACUAUUAUUUCUGGAAGCGAGUAUGAAAUCAUUGGAGCAAAAUCAGAGCCAUUUCCGACAGAAGUAAGAUGAGUGUAAAGGGGGUAAAUUCUACGCCUUACGAUUUUCAAGUAAUUGCCUCAAGUAUUUUCGAGUAUUGCUUUACGUGAUAUAUGUGCAGUAUUUUGAUUCAUGUUUGAGAUUGCCUGGUUAUGGUUGAUGAUAUGUGCCUUGUUUGAGUUAUGACUUGAAGUGAAUGGUUAUUAUUUACCUUGUUAAAGUUUAAGAAACAAGGUCUUUUUAAGAAGUAACUCACCUUCAAGAAGGUGAAGUCGUUUUUAAGUGUUUUUAGUCACUAGCGUCUGUCUGUUGCCUUUUGAGACAUUUUGAGACAAAGCAGCAGUUAUGCUCUUGAGACUUUUAAGAUGAGCAGCAGUAUGCUCUUGAGAAUCGUGGUGAAGAGCCACCACGAUAAGUUUAAGAUGUUAGGGGGAUGAAUCGUUACGACUUCCCUAACUAAGUUCAAGUUUAAGGAAAGCCUGAAUGGCUUCUCAUACGUAUGAGUUGGCAACCAGACUAGCUAGUGAGGGAUCCCCGUGUCAGUCAAGUAUUUAAGUCAAGAUUUGUGUUUUAAGUGAGGAGAGUAACCUCAACUCCCUCAAAGUUUAAGAGUUAAGAUUUUAAGAUUGGAAGUACAACCAACUUCCACUAGUUAAAGUUAAGUGUUUAAGUAAAGUACGCAAGUAGUAAAACUAUUCAAACAUA